AUGAGCCUCUACACGCCGACUCGCCUCGUCAGCAGCUGCACCCGCGCCGCCGCUCGCCCACGAGCGCUCGCUCUGCCCCCACACGCCGCCGCGCGGGUUGCCGUCGCUCGCGCCUACUCCGGCUACGCCGCACACCUGACGGGCCUGACAGAGGACCAGCUCGAGCUCCGCGAGUCGGUCGCCUCGUUCGCCCAGAAGGAGAUCGCGCCCAUCGCCGCCCAGACCGACAAGGACAACGCGUUCCCGCUCGACCUGUGGAAGAAGCUCGGCGACAUGGGCCUGCUCGGCAUCACGGUCGCCGAGGAGGACGGCGGACUCGGCAAAGGGUACCUCGACCACCUCGUCGUCAUGGAGGAGCUGUCGCGCGCAUCUGGGUCGAUCGCGCUCUCGUAUGGAGCCCACUCGAACCUCUGCGUCAACCAGCUGAACCGCCACGGCACCGACGAGCAGAAGAAGAAGUACCUGCCCGGCCUCCUGAGCGGUGACGCCGUCGGCUCGCUCGCCAUGAGCGAGACUGGGUCCGGCAGCGACGUCGUGUCGAUGCGGCUGCGGGCCGAGAAGACGUCGCGCGACGGCGAGGAGGGCUACAUCCUCAACGGCCAGAAGAUGUGGAUCACGAACGGGCCCGACGCCGACGUGCUGCUCGUCUACGCUAAGACGGGCGAGGGCUCGAAGGGCAUCACGACGUUCAUUGUCGAGAAGGGCUUUGAGGGCUUCUCGACGGCUCAAAAGCUCGACAAGCUCGGCAUGCGCGGCAGCAACACGUGCGAGCUCGUCUUCGAGGACUGCUUCAUCCCGUCGAGCCAGGUCCUCGGCAAGCUCAACCGCGGCGCCGCCGUCCUCAUGUCGGGCCUCGACCUCGAGCGCAUCGUCCUCAGCGGCGGCCCGCUCGGCCUGAUGCAGGCAGCCUUUGACUACGCCAUGCCGUACGUGCACGACCGCAAGCAGUUCGGCGAGCCCGUCGCGCACUUCCAGCUCAUGCAGGGCAAGAUCGCCGACAUGUUCACCAAGGUCUCGGCGUCGAGGGCGUACCUCUACAGCGUUGCCCGAGCUUGCGACGCAGGUCACGUCUCGAGGCGGGACUGCGCCGGCGCCAUCCUUUACUCGUCCGACCGCGCGACCGAGGUCUGCCUCGAGGCUCUCCAGAUGCUCGGCGGCAACGGCUACACGCAUGACUACGAGGUCAACCGGUUCCUGCGCGACGCGCUCUUGUACAAGGUCGGCGCAGGGACGCAGGAGAUCCGCAGGAUGCUCAUUGGGAGGGAGUUCAACAACGACUUUGCGUCGGCGUGAGGAGGGGAGAACGAGGCGGGCGUCGAGGAGGAGGAGAAGCUGGUGCACGACCUGUCGACUGUACGACUUUCGCGGCGCAAUAGCAAGCAGUGUCCACCUGUGCACGCGUU